AUGCCUGAGAAGCGUCAUGUAUGUCAGUUUGUCGAAGGAGGCCAUUACCACGCGGUGAACUUUGUGAUCAUGACUCUGAUAGACAGGGACCUGGACUCAAUAAGGAGAUCGCUUCCAAACAAACGCUUUAGUUUUGCAACAGUAACGAGGAUCGGUAUUCAGUGUCUAGAAGCCUUACAAGACAUCCACCAAGCAGGUUUCGUACAUCGCGACGUGAAACCGGAGAACGUCGCGAUUGGCCGGCCCCCGAAUCAUCGAAAUAUUUACGUCAUCGACUUCGGAUUGGCUCGGCAGUACAGACUAAACAAUCAACUGAGAAACGAACGGUUUCCAGCUCCGUUCCGGGGCACCCUCCGGUACGCGUCGCUCAACGCACAUUUUCGAAGAGAAAUUGGCCCACAUGACGAUAUUAGCUCAUUGAUGUUUUCGCUGAAAGAGAUGCUGUCUGGCUCCUUACCGUGGAACCAUUUACACAGGGAAAUGCAAAUAAUCGCAGCUAAAAAAAACUUCACGCGCGAAUCAAACCCUGACGAAGAUUGGCAGAUAUUCAGGCACAUGUAUGACGUGGCAUCGAACAAAGUCUACAGAGAAAAUGUAGACUACGGUUGGUUCUACGAACAGUUUCAUCAAUUAAAUGAAUUGCACAACAUCCGCGAUGACCAGCUUUAUGAUUGGGAAGUCAAUAAUCACACAGAAAAAUAG